AUGAACCAGUUACUACGUCCUUCGGAAACGCGCGGCGAAGCCGAUUUCGGAUGGCUGAAAAGCAAGCACAGCUUUUCUUUCGGCUCCUAUUUCGACCCGAACCAUAUCGGCUUCGGCGCAUUGCGGGUCAUCAACGAAGACCGUGUCGCUCCUUCGGCCGGUUUUCCAACCCAUCCGCACCAGAACAUGGAGAUCAUCUCCUACAUCGUCUCCGGCGGGCUGGAACACAAGGAUUCGCUCGGAACCGGAUCCGUCAUCCGGCCUGGUGAACUGCAGCGCAUGAGCGCUGGUAGCGGUGUCCGGCACAGCGAAUACAACCAUUCAGACACAGACCCGGUCCAUUUCCUGCAGAUAUGGAUCGUGCCGGAAGCAGACGGUCUGAAACCAAGCUACGAGCAGAAAGCAUUUCCUGAUGCCGAGCGCCGGGACACGCUCAAGCUGAUUGGUUCAAGAAACGGUCGCGAAGGCUCGGUCGUCAUCCAUCAGGACGUCGAUCUCUGGGCGUCGCUCCUGUCGGCUGAAAAGAGUGUCUCCUUCGACAUCAAACCGGACCGCAAGGUCUGGCUGCAGAUCGUCAAGGGCAAGCUGAGCGUUGAUGGUCUUUCUCUGGCUGCAGGCGACGGGCUUGGUCUGCUUGAUGCCGGCAAGAUUGAUCUGGUUGCCCAAGAAAAUUGCGAAUUCCUGCUAUUCGAUCUGGCCGCCUGA